UACCAUAAAGCAUUCUGGGGUUUGGAUUCGACCCGUUUUCGAUAACGGAAAGUCCUGCCAGUGGUCUCACUCCCUCGCCUGAAACCUAAAACGGAGAUUGGAAGAAGUGAAAGAGAAGCUGAACGAUGGUGAAGGUAGCAACCUACUUUGCUAUGACUUUGGGAGCUUUUGUGUUCUGGCAAUCCAUGGAUAAAGUCCACGUCUGGAUCGCUCUCCGUCAGGACGAAAAGCAAGAAAGACUGGAAAGGGAAUUGGAAAUUAAGAGGGUUAGAGAAGAGCUUCUGCAGCAAGCCAAACAAAGGGAGACUCAAGCAUGAUCUACUCCAUUGAUUUUCUUGUACCCUGGUUUCCCUUUGUUUCCUCUACUUCUGAUUUUGUUUGAGCAUAGCUCUCUUGAACAGUAUCAUGGUUCUGGAAUAAUUUAACUUGGCAUUCACACGGGAUAGCUAA